GCACGUGAAGGCAGCACUGGGCCUGACUCUACUUCCUGUAAGAGAAGCUCAGUCAGCUGUCACAAUCUGAGCAGCGAGAAGAGGAUCUCAGGCGGAGAGAAGCACACAACCAGAGCUACAAUGUCGAGUUUUAACAACAAGUUCAGCGCCUACUCGAUGACUCAACUCAACGAAAUUCUAGAGGACGACGAAAAACUCACACAAAUGGUCCAGGAGAUGGACGAGAUGCAGGAAGUCCAGCAGAGCAAGGAGACGACGCUGGUCAGCAACCGGACCCUGGCGGAGCAAAACCUGGCCCUGCAGCCCAGACUGGAUCACAAGAAGGAGGAGCUCACCAAGCGCUACAUCUGUCUCCAGGACAGCUUCGAGUCCUACCAGCUCCGCAAAUCCACCCUAGACCACAAGUCAGGAAGCUCCUCCCUGGACGUCUUGCUGGCCCUGCUGCAGGCCGAGGGAGCCAAAAUAGAGGAGGAGACGGAGAACAUGGCUGACUCCUUCCUGGAUGGCGACAUGACCCUGGAUUCCUUCAUCGACAGCUACCAGAGCAACAGAAAGCUGGCCCACUUGAGACGGGUGAAGAUCGAGAAGCUGCAGGAGAUGGUGCUAAACGGUCACCGGCUCCCCCAGGCGUACGUCCCCAACUCCCGAUCUCAGGAUGUGUCGGCAGCGGCAAAACCCUCCUCCACCUCGUCCCUCCUCAGCGAGGCCGGCAGCGGCUCCUCCCCCGUCGCCCAGCCCAGGAGGAAACCCCCACUCCCGCCAUCCCAGCCGGCCCCGGUUCUAAAUCCGGCUGCGACAGCCGCCCCCCAGCCUCCCUCAGCCUUCUACUCGGCAUCGCCGUACCCGCCGAUUCCUCCCAGGACGGGCCAACCCUUCCCCAACGUCCCUUCCGGCUACCCAAACCACUUCCUCUCUCAGUACCCACCGGCUGUGCCUCAGCGGCCCCCGCCCCGUAUGGCCCCGCAGCCUGGCUUCAUCAUGCAGUAGAUGGAUAAAGGCAGUUGCCGCUCCAAGAGGAGUGCGUGUCGCAGACUUUACACUACUGGAACUCCUCUGAGAACGAUUUAUUUUUCCUACGACGUCUGCCUUUCUUGGAAUACGACCAAUCACAACGCAAGAGGGCAGACCCGCGCUGGCCGGUCUGGUCAUGUUCAGCUGAAUCUCCGAUGAUCUCUGUGGAUCCGCUCUCACCUCUCGCUCCCGUUAACGCUCCCAACAAACAAAACAAAAAGAAGACGAGAUCGGUCCUCGCUUUAGCUGGGCCCGACGCAGGCUGUCUCUGAGCUGGGACUCUCUCUGUCUCCUGCCGGUGCCCACCCGUCUCUCGCCUCCCUUCAAAAUUGGUUCCUCAAGCUUUUAUGGAACUGUAAAGUCAUAAAAAAAAGGGUUUGAUAAGUCAUUUCCACCCGCAGGCAUACUAACUUACUGGUAAUGUAUAUGCAAGCUAAGAGAGACCCUAAUUACUGUGCAGUAAUUCACAAAGGUACAUGGAGGUAUUUGAGUGUCGGCGUCUGUUUUACGAUACAUAGUGCUAAUAGAGUUAUUUUAAUGAUAGACUGAUUAACUCGUGUGUGUAAAAAGAAGGGCUGUGGUUGGCGCGUCACUUUCCCAAUAUGCGGACGCGUCAUCAAGAGAGAGUCCAGACCUGCUCGGUCCCAAGAUGGCUGACUGUCGCGCUCGGGCCGUCUCGGUGGAAGAAAAAAGGGAGUUGAAGGAGAGGAUUAGUGGCUGAACUUUUGUAACGAAUGACGAGGCCCCGUUGCCUGAAAUGAAGGAUUUAUUUUUCUUGUAUAGCCAUACAGUACACUUCUGACAUGUGUUGUUCCUCUGUGGGUUCCCGUCGUAAUGAAACACUCCCUUUUGGUUUUUAAUAAUGGCCUUUGUCUUUAAUCCUCCUCGAUCGGAGACCAGGAGACUACGGCAACCGCUCUUUUGAGUUUCACACUUGAGCACCAAAGACUUCCACUCCGUGUUCAACCAUUCUUUCUUUCUUUCUUUCUUUUUAUGCAAGUAAACCGUGAAACCGUUCCCCAACAUAUCCAUUUGUGAAGUCGAGCUCAAACACUCCUUUUGUAAAUAUGCAAGGAAGAUUUUACUUCCGGAGGGACUCAAAAGGUCAACCAGGUUUUGGAGGAACCAUUUUAUUUAUUUCUCUCCUCCCAACCGCUGUCGCUGUGCACUGUUUAAGAGCCACGAGUGCCUACACUUGAAGUGACGUUGAUGGCGUCCUGCUGACUAACCUGGGCCUGUUUCUCUAUGCUCAGCUGUUGAGGUUAGCCCCCCCCUCCCAGCCAGCAGAGCAGUUGGUCCUCUCCUCCUCCUGCUGCCGAUUUCAUGUUCACCCAGAUGGUAGGAAGAGGCGGCUUCUGACUGUCGGGCAUUGCUUCCCCAACGAGAAGCAGAAACACCGAGACAGAGCGACACACUGACACACAGUCGCUUCUAUUGUUUUGUUUUUUUCUUAAUUGGUGAAUUAACAGGGCUCUGAAAUGUUUCGUGUCACAUCUCGGUGACGACGAGAAGUAGACCGCAGGACGAACGAAGCACACAGAAGUACAGAAAUGGCUGAAGCUAAAACAUCAAAAUCGCGACGAACCAGCAUUUCUAAAAGAAACUAACAAUGUAUAAUUAGUUUGUGCAUGGCCUUGAUCUUAGUCCAGUCUGAUGACUCUUCUAACACCUUGUUUGUUGGUGUAGCUGUUGAGCUGCUCUUUACGUUCAAACUGAGCCUCUAUCCAUGGUUUUAUAUGUGGUUGGUGAUAUUUUCAGUGUAAUGUUGUAGGUAUUUACUUAUCAUGAAUGUUUCAGUGGAAUUUAAUGCUAUUUUCAAGUUCAAUAAAUCUCAGAUUUUUGUAUCUGCUUUUA